AUGGAACCGUCAACCUCAACCUCAACAGAAGCCCUCGUCGUCGGCGCCAGCUGGGCCGGCCUCUGGACCCUGCACCUGCUCAAGCGCCGCGGCCUGAACGCCCUCCUCGUCGACGCCUGCGACGACGUCGGCGGAACGUGGUGCUACACGCGGUACCCGGGCUGCCGCGUCGACACCGAGAUCCCCCUGUACGAGUUCAGCGAGCCGGAUCUGUGGCGCAACUGGACGUGGUCGCAGCGGUUUCCGGCGCGCGGGGAGAUCCAGGCGUAUGUGUCGUGGGUGGUUGAUCGGCUGCAACUGAGGGGUGAUAUUGUGCUGAGGACGAGGGUGGUGCGGGCGGAGUGGGAUGAGGGUCGGAGUGUCUGGGCUGUGGUCUUGUCGAAUGGUCGGACCUAUCGGACGAGGUACCUUGUUCUUUGUACGGGGUAUACGACCGUGCCGUAUAUACCGGACUUUAGGGGUGUCGGGAUAUUCAAGAACAGCGUGCAUACCUCCGGAUGGCGCGAUGGCAUUGAGUGGAAGGGCAAGCGCGUUGGGGUGAUCGGGAGUGCGGCGAGUGGGCUGCAGAUCAUCGAGACGCUUGGUCCGCAGGUGCAGCAUCUGUCUGUCUUCCAGAAGACGCCGAACUUUGCGACCCCAAUGCGGCAGAAGGAGUACUCGUCCGCGCAGAUGGACGAUAUGAAGCGUCGAUUCUAUCCGGAGAAGCUCGGCCAGCGCAACGCCAUGACCGGCUUCUAUGCGUGCAAGAACCGCGCCACGUUCGAUGACGGUCCGGAGGAGAGGGAGCGGUUUUAUCAGUCGCUGUGGAAUCAAGGAGGCCUUGCGUUCUGGUUUGGCAAUUACUCGGACCUGCUGACCUCGCGCGCUGCCAACCGGGAGGCAUACAACUUUUGGCGGAGGACCGUCCACCGUCGAGUACGGGAUAAGGCGAUCGCUGAGAAGCUUGCUCCAGCAAAGCCGCCGCAUGCAUUCGGUACUAAAAGACCGUCGUUGGAGACUUCCUACUUUGAGACAUUCAACCUGCCGAACGUGGAGCUGGUGGAUGUCAACGAGGAUCCGAUCGUGGAGAUCACAGCCGAGGGCGUCAAGACCACCUCCAAGUUGCACGGCCUCGACCUCCUGGUCUACGCGACCGGCUUCGAUGCACUGACGGGCAGUGCCCUGGCGAUCGACAUCCUCGGCGUCAACGGGACGCGACUCGGAUCGAAAUGGGAUACGCGGGUUGACGGCAACGGGGUCUCAACGGCGCUCGGUAUGAUGACCGCGGGCUUUCCUAACUUGUUCUUCCCCAUGGGCCCUCAAGCGCCGACGGCAUUGGGGUUGAGUCCACAACUGGCCGAGAUCCAGGGCGAGUGGAUCGUCAACUGCAUCGAUUAUGUCAACAGACAAGGCCUCGAGCGGGUCGAGGCCACGAUGGAAGGCGAGGCGCAGUGGAAGCACGAGGUCACGGCGGCGGCGGAGCGCACGCUCUUUGGCGAGACGGACUCGUGGUACAUGGGCGUCAACAUCCCUAAUCGCAGGAAGCAGCCGCUCUGCUACUUUGGUGGGAUUGGGAGUGAAUGA